CAGAAAACUGGCAUAAAGUUAUUAAACUUUCUGAUUAAUUGGGCAGUUAACUUUGGCCAAUUAUUACUGCUGUAAAUCUGUCAGUGAGUGAAUGAAUCUGUCAGUCAAUCCUUCAGUUAGUCCACCUGCCAAACAUCCAGGCAAUUAAUCUGUCUCACCAAUGGUUAAUUACCCCAUUACCCAGUCAGUCACCCAACAGCCAACCAAUGACCCUUGAACUUAUUUGAUAUUGGAAUACAGCUGGAAAAAAAACACUAGUGGCAGCAUACUCUGGGAAAUUGAUUGGUUUAAUUGAUUGCAAUUGUCUGUUGUUUACAGUCUAAAAUGAAAAAAAAAGUCAGCUCACAGAGCUGUCAAGGGCACAGCCAGACAAAGACAACAACUGGAAAUGUGAAGUGGCAGCAAUAGGAGGGCAAAGCUUCUGUUUGCUGCCUGCCUGCCUGUCUGCCAGCAGAGUGUGGACAGGACUCUCCAGUGCGCCCUGUGCCCGAGAGGGGCGGGGUGGGUGGCAGAGUACAGGGACAUAGGGAGCGAGGGAGAGAGAGGAGGGCAGGACUGGCAGGGUGCGGUCUGAAGUGGCAACAGAUCGUUUUGGAUCACUCAAAUCCUUCCAAUUCAACUGGAAAGCUGCAGCCUGUUGCGCGCCGGCCGCAUAUGGAGAGGAGAAGCUUUCAAUCCAGAGAGAGGGCACCAACCAAACAGCAGGGGAAAGUGGCUGAUGUUGUGACAGCUUCCCGGAGCAAAAGGGAAAGAGAGGGAGAGAAACCACAACACUGCAACUUGGAUAUCAGUAACCGCUCUCUCUCUUUAACUCUCUCACCCACCGAAUCGACUUUGAACCUGUUUGUUUAAAUACACGGACUUUACAGCCUGCACUUACUGUUGAUUCUGUUAGGCGCCGGGAGCGAAGUUUCUCAAUUUGGGUCAGUGUUUUGGAGACGCUGAAAACUUUUCUUUUGCUCUCCUGAUGGUGCCCCGUGUAUCCGAGGUGCUGAUUUAUCCGAAAUCUUCGGACGUGCUGUUGCAACUGUCACGGACGAUGGAGUCGGGGACUGAGCCGGGGAGGUACUGAAGACAUCUGUCUCCCCCGGGAGAGUCCUCCCUCCCCCCCGGGGCGAUGCGGAUCUCCUUCCUUCUUCUCACCGCCUCUCUGUGUGCCUUGGUCCUCCUCCUCGCACCUGCCACGGAGGGCUGCGGGCCGGGGAGGGGGUACGGCAAGAGGCGGCUCCCGAAGAAGCUCAUCCCGCUCGCCUACAAGCAGUUCAGCCCCAACGUCGCCGAGAAGACUCUGGGAGCCAGCGGCCGGCCGGAGGGCAAAAUCACGCGCAACUCCGAGCGCUUUAAAGAACUGACGCCGAACUACAACACAGACAUAAUCUUUAAAGAUGAGGAGGACACCGGCGCAGACAGGCUCAUGACCCAGCGUUGCAAAGACAAGUUAAACUCUCUGGCCAUCUCUGUGAUGAACAUGUGGCCAGGCGUGAAGCUGCGAGUGACGGAGGGCUGGGACGAGGAUGGUCAUCAUUCAGAGGACUCGCUGCACUAUGAGGGGCGUGCUGUCGACAUCACCACAUCAGAUAGGGACAGAAAUAAAUAUGCCAUGCUGGCCCGCUUGGCUGUAGAAGCUGGAUUCGACUGGGUCUACUAUGAGUCCAAAGCCCACAUUCACUGUAGUGUCAAGUCUGAACAUUCAGUGGCAGCCAAAACCGGCGGUUGUUUCCCUGGUGAUGCUCAGGUUAUCCUUGAAGGCGGAGCCACCAGACAGAUGUGUGACCUCCUCCCUGGCGACCGUGUCUUGGCUUCCUCAUCCACAGACGGCCACGGCCCUCUCCUCUACAGCCCAGUCUUGUCCUUUCUGGACCGCCAGCCCAAUGUCACAAAGACCUUCUACGUUAUUGGGACUGAUGCAGGACUUAAUAUUACUCUCACAGCUGCUCACCUGAUCUUUGCCACAGACUGCACUGGUGGGCAUGCAGAUCCAGGGUGGGAAGAACCAGCAGCAGAGCCAGUUUUGGGUUCCAUUUGGGAGAACAGGCCUGGCUGGAGAGCAGGUCUGAGGACAGUUUUUGCCAGUGAGGUCCGGCCGGGACAGUGCGUAUUUGCGUCGGCAGGGGAACCGAGGUCACAGGCGAGACUUUCACUCGUGACCUUUGUGGAGGAGCAGCGGAGCACUGGGUUAUUUGCCCCCCUCACACAGCAUGGCUCUAUAGUGGUGAACGGUGUGCUGGCAUCCUGCUAUGCUGCCGUGGACAGUCACCAUUUGUCCCACUGGGCCCUGGCCCCGCUGAGAUUCUUCUAUGGCCUGAUGGGGCCCUCAGAAGCACAAAGUGAUGGGCUGCACUGGUACCCUUGGCUUCUACAGAAGCUGGGAAAAAUGCUGCUGGAUGCUGGACAUUUCCACCCCUGGGGUAUUUAAUACAGACAUAGAUAGGAGCCACAGAGACUCAUUCAGUUACCUGUAUUCAGGUGCACCAAAGCACAGAGCACAACUGUCUUUCUAUUCAGAUGAAAGCAACUGAGGGCUCACCAAAGACAAUUUUGUAGUGUAAAUAUAUUUUGUAAUAACUCCACUUGCCUGUAUUUGCUGUACUUCUUCUGUUGCCCACAUUUACAAGAUACAAAGGGAAGAUAAAAGAAGCUUUAGUAAUUUCAAUUCAUUAAUUUAAGAAGAUUUGGAGGAAUGGAGAGAGUAAGAUAUGACAAAAUUUGGCACAGUUUUGAGAGUAAAUCUGAAUUGAAAUGCUUACAUAAGUAUUUUUGGACUUGUAUUUCCAUAUUUUAAAUUUUCUCUUAGAGCAACCCAAAGAUCCAAAACAUGGAGUGUGACUUUGUUCUUUGUACUGUAUUUGUCAUAAUCCUUCAACAUUAUGCUUAUGGUGACAGAACUUUAGAGGUAUGAUGACAUAUUUUGUGACACCUCUUGAGAGUCUUAGGCUUAGGAGAGAAGGUUAAGGUGAACAUAAGAAGAAAACAUUAGAGGAAGAAAGACAGAAGAGAAAACCAGGGACUGAACAAGGUGAGUUGUGAAGCUUUGUAUGUACAUAGCUAUUUAUGCAGUUAAGUCAUGUUGGAAAGGAAAGAAAGACAACAACAGGACUUUACUUGGUUUACUGUCAGGAUCAUCACUGCAGUUAUUCACUGAUUCUUUGUCUAAGAGCCUAUACUGUAUAUUAUAAUUAAUUUACAAAAUGAUAUUUAACUGGACAACUUAUAAAGUUCAUUACGGUGUGGUUGAUGAAGUUCUAUGCAUUGCUGAAUGCAGUGUAGCAGUGUGCUGGUGAUGCAUCGCAGCUUCACAUCUGAAAAGGACUUCCCUGCAACUAUUGAAGUCCAGAGAAUAAAGAUGUUCACACAGUAUUUGUGUUGCAGCACGUACACAUGUACUUCACAACAUUUGUCACUUAGUGAUGCACAGUAGAUCCAUGGUGCUACAACGGCCACCCUGUCUCCGUAUGCAUUUCACCAAGUCUGCCGUCUGCUUUCACACAGCUCGAUUGUCUCAGAGUGAUUUAUAUGGUUCAUUUAUACAUUCCAUGUUUUUUAUCAGGUGUUUAUUUAAAAGGUUGCCUUUGUUUUCAUUGUUUUUGGGUUUUCAGGUCAGUUGUCUCUAGUUAAGGCAUACACAAGAUCAGGCUGUAUUCAACUACUGUAUUAAGUAACAGUUAUGCUUCAUAUUAAAAACAGUAAUUAUUUUUAUUGUUGGACAAUAAGUUUAUUUGAUUGCUCUCGUGUUUAUAGUCUUUUGUAUUCAUCUCUUACACAAGACUUAAGACCUUGAUUGGCAGAGGUAAGUAAAUCUAACUUUUAGGACUAUGGAAGCACAUCUAAUCUUGUGGUAAAUUACUGUCUGGAAAAAGCAUAAACAUGCAAUGUGUAAUUCCUAAUGCCCAAAUGCCCUUCCAGUUGACACUUGUAAAGUAUGCUUGUGACUCAAGCAUUGCAAUUAUCUAGGAACCUCCAAGGCAUUCCUCUAUAUGACUGUUCAAAGAUUUGUCUAAUAUGUAUAUUAAGCUAUUGUUGGAGAGACUAUUUAAAGAUCUAUUUUUUAGAAAAUAAUGUAAAUGUAUUAUUAUUUUUUUGGCAACUCUGUUUCAUAAAAUUUGUAUUUGAAACAUAAA